AUGUCGGACAUUGCCGAUGACUAUUAUCUGAAAGAGUCUGCCUAUACUCGAACACUCUAUCGAGAGCCAUAUCCAUCGAUCGAUCCAACCUCGCCGGCGCUUUCACAAGCAGGGAGAGUGGUUGUGAUAACCGGGGCGUCGUCCGGCAUCGGCCAACGAGGCUGGGCAGCCAUCAUUCUCGUGGCCUUGGAUCUUGACGGACUCCAAGAAAUCGAAAAGGCUCUCAAACAGAUCACGACCGACGUCGAAUACAUUCUGCAACCCACCGAUAUUACGUCUCCCAACGCUGUCGAUGCAUUGUUCGAAGUCAUCAAGACCAAAUAUGGUCAUGCUGAUGUUCUCAUCAACAAUGCCGGUACAUUUGGUCCUACCGAUAGGAUUGCUGACUCGGACCCGUCACUGUGGUGGCGAGAUUUUGAGAUCAAUGUGAAGGGAACUUAUCUGGUCAGCCGAGCAUUCUUGAAACUCCUCGGUGCAAACAGAUCCGGCAGCAUCAUCACGGUCUCCUCCGGCUUCGCUGUCUACGUCGAUGGCGGGGCUUCUUCUUACUCGGUCAGUAAGUUGACAAGCUUGAGGUUUUCUGAGUAUCUCGCUGCCGAGUAUCCCAACGUAAACUGUGUGACGAUUCAACCGGGCAUUAUGGACACCACCAUUGCUAUAGAUCAUCAUAAACCUUUCGCUUUGGAUUCUCCCGAACUUGUAGGUAGCACUGGUGUCUGGUUAGCUACCGACGCCGCGGCGUGGCUUUCGGGAAGAUUCAUCUCGGCAAACUGGUCUGUCGACGAGCUCAUUGCUAGAAAGGAGGCAAUACUGGCGGGAGACGACUUAACAAUCAGAUACCAAGGUAAAUUUGGCUAUGAACAGUUCGAAUAA